AUGGACAGCUUCCUCGAGAUCAUUGACGGGUUUCAUCAGCAGCAACUGGCUCUUGCCGAAGAGCAACACGCUGCGCUGCGGCAAGCGGUGCUGAAUCACCUUGAAGGGGAAUCGUUGGAUGCGAAGCCUGUGGAAUCUCCGGUUCAUGACCCUGCCCGGCUACAGCUGAGUGCAACACAGCUCACCUCACAGCCCGCCUUGCAGAUCGAUGACCCGGACCCGUGUCCCUGCAGCCCUGUAGCCAGCCGCGCAGUGCGCCAUGGGUGUGUUCGAUCCCGAGCUUCGAAACUCCGUGGAUGGCUUUCCUUGUCUUCGAAGCCGGAAUCGGAGGAGACGCUGUGCAAGGUCGUGCCCAGCGGUCAAAACUUGGAUCCCAUGGCCAGGAGGCUUCGAUGUUUGGAUCGAGCCGCCGCGAUUCUGCUGUUCCUCAAUGGCGUUUGCAUGAUGGUGGAGCUGGAGUUGGAAGGGCGGGCAGCAGCUGAAACGUUGUCGAGCAGCGACACGAGCCAUUGCGUCUUCCUGGCCUGCCCUGGAGAACUGCACUCGUUGGGGCGACUCAUCGCCGGAUGGUUCGAUCUUCUUUUCUUCCUGGAGCUGAUGGCCCGCUUGGCGUUGGAGAAGGGGAAAGUUUACAUGGUGCCGGCGAUCUGGUUUGACGCAAUCCUCGCAAUCGCUGGCAUGGUACACCUGGUUUUCAUCAUUGUCAUUGAGGUUGGCGAGGUCACUGCAGGUGCACCCAUUAUGUACACCGUUGUGAUUGUCAGAGCAUUGCGUGCCAUACGUCUCCUACGAGUUCUUCGCUUCUGCCGUGGCCUUCGCAUGUUCCUCUCGGCGUGCAAAACGUUUUUGACAUCGCUGGUGUGGGCGAUGGUGCUGCUGGGGAUAUUUUUGUCUACAUCUGCCCUGAUCAUCGGGAACAUGUUGCAACAUUACAUUACGGAUCCCAUGGAGAGCUUGGAGAUGCGAACCUGGAUGUGGGAGCAUUAUGGCACCGCUUACAAUGCCGCCUACACCUUCUUCGAAGUGACUUUCGCCGGGAAUUGGCCGACCAACGUCAGACCCGUGCUGGACAACGUCAGCAAGCUGUACGUCUUAUUUUUCGGUGCAUACAUCAUUGUCGUCGUGUUUGCUCUCGUCCGUGUCAUCACAGCGAUUUUUUUGAGAGAUACUUUGGAAGCGGCGCAAUCCGAUGCUGAGUUCAUGGUCGUGGAAAGUUUGCGCAAGCGAGCUCGAUAUGUCCAAAAGCUAGAAGGCAUUUUCAAAGCUAUUGACAAGACCGGCAAGGGCAUGGUCACAGAAUCAAGGCUGAAUGACAUGCUGAGCGAUCCCACUGUGAAAGCACAUUUCCAGUCGAUUGAUGUCGACAUUCAUCAAGGUGUGGCAUUGUUUCAUUUGCUCGACAAUGGAGACGGGGAAGUCACUUUAGAGGAGUUUGUCGACGGCAUCUUGCGAUGCAAAGGCCAAGCCAGGGCCAUUGAUCAAGUCGCGCUUCAUGCGGAGCUGAAGCAGUUGGACAUGAAGCUUUCCCGGAUGACGCGGAUUUUCACCCAAGUGUACCCUACGCUUCUGAGGAAGUCCACACAGGCAGCCAAGUCACCCACACCUCAGAAGGGAGUGAUGCGGCGUUUGUCUAUGGCCUCUGACAGUUUCCUGGGGCACCAGGCUCUAGCAGACUAG